UUGCCAUAAAUAAAUAUAACCACACCACUAUUUUACUUAUUGUUGUGUAGAAGUGGGUCUAUAGACCAGUUCUUAUAAUUAUAAUGUAUAAAAUGGCUUCCUUUAGAGCGGACGCUUUCCUUUUCAAGAUAAUAGUUGUUGUAAACGCUGUUGUAAUUUGUACAGCUUACGUGCCGGCUACAUUACCACCAGACAGAAGUGUCAAUUUCGUCGGUGCAGCUAAAAAACUGCCCCCUCGUGGACCAGGGAUAUGCAACUUGGAAGUCCCUACCAUUGACCUCCUUACCGAAGCAGAUAGACGAGGACCGAUACCUGCUGGCAAUGGGACCAAACCAGGGCACAGUAUAAUAAGCAUUUGCUGUUCAGGAUGGAAACCCAAACCGCACGUUGCUAACAAGUGCGAACCCAUUUGUGACAAUGGAUGUGUUAAUGGCAAUUGCACAGCACCGAACGUCUGCGUUUGCUUACCAGGAUAUGUCAGGGACCUAGGCAACAAUUGCAUCCCAACCUGUCCCAAAGGUUGUGUACAUGGCGUAUGCACCUUACAAGGGACAUGUUCCUGUUCUGCCGGUUAUACUCUUGACCUUAAAGGACAGUUUUGCAUUCCGAUUUGUACUGGAGGAUGUGGAGCGGGUGGCAACUGUACAGCUCCCAACGUGUGUUCCUGUAAACCUGGGUACAAGAAAGUAUUAGCAACCGGAAAAUGUGAUUUCAACUGUGAGGGAGGGUGUCCUAGCGGUACUCAUUGCGUCGGCCCUAAUGAAUGCUCUUGUCCUGCGGGAUUCAUCAAAAGAAAUAAUGCUUGCGAAGCGCAAUGUCCUCGAGGUUGUUUAAAUGGUCUUUGCACAGGACCCAACCAGUGCACUUGCCCAUCGGGAUGGACACUUGACCUAACUGGUACAUCCUGCCAAGCGCAUUGUACACAACCAUGUUUAAACGGAGAUUGCACUGGGCCGAAUGUAUGCACGUGUAAAACGGGCUACAUCAAAGAUCCAUCUGCUCCGGCUGGCAAUCGAUGCGUAGCGCAUUGUCCUGGUGGAUGUUUAAACGGUCAGUGUUCAGGGCCUAAUUUGUGUAUCUGCAAUCCAGGUUUUAUCAAGAACCAAGGAACAAACACGUGCAUUAGAAGAAUGCGACGAGAAUUACAUAUGGAAUUAAUUCCUGAACAGCUUAACGAAUUCAGUCGAGAUUAAUUUUUAAUUUUACAUGUGCUUUAAUUUUAACGUUUUUAUUAUUUUACAAAUUUCAAUGUACCUAAUAAACAGGUUUUUCAAAUUGAGAUUUUCAAGACAGUACUUCUGUGGACCAUAUUGUAGGAGUACCUACGCAAGUAUCUAAAUAGAGGGUAUUGCUAAAGUAU